AUGACGUCGUGGUAUCGCAAAUUCUUGCAAGAACUCGCGACCGUCGCUGAACCGCUCCAUCGCCUGACGAAGAAAGAUUUCGAAUCACAGUUCGUGUUGCAGACGGACGCCAGUGACACCGGGCUCGGCACGGUACUUUUCCAAGUAAUCACCAGAGAAGAGCGGGUUUUAGAAUUCGCGAGUCGUACGAUGUCGAAAGCCGAGAGAAAUUACAGUGUCACGGAGAGAGAAUGUCUCGCUGUCAUCUGGGCUAUACGGAAAUUCAAACCUGAUAUUGAGGGAUAUCAAUGUAAGGUCGUCACGGACCACAGUAGUUUGCGGUGGCUAUGCAACUUGAAUAAUCCCACCGGACGCCUAGCAAGAUGGGCACUAGAAAUGCAGGGCCACGUCUACACUGUGGAGCAUAGAAAAGGCCUGCUAAAUGCCGUACCAGACGCAUUGUCGCGUAUAUACGAAGAAGACGCAGUACCAGUCGAGACAGUCGGAUGGGUAAGCGAAACCCAGGACGAAUGGGACUGCGAAAAGGUCCGUGAGAUACAGCUGCAUCCGAAGAAAGAUCCUCUGUAUAAGAUGUACGGCGGGCAGCUGUACUACUUUUGCCCGGAUGAGAAAUUGCGAGCGUCUAUGAAUGACGAUACGGCAUGGAAAAUCGUCGUGCCAAAAGAAAAGCGAGCAGAGAUCUUGCGAGAGUGUCACGACGAGCCACCAGCUGGUCACCAGGGGCAGUGCAUUCCGAUUAAGCGGGCGAGCACGAAGACAAUCCUACAGCAUCUCCGAGAGCGAGUCUUCUUGCGGUGCGGUGCGCCAGAGGUCCUGUCGGACAAUGGCACAGAAUUAAAAAAUAAGGCCAUUGAACAAUACCUCAGAGAACAAGGCGUGCGACAUGAAUUGACGCCACCUUAUCACCCCCAGGCGAACCCAGUGGAGAGGGUGAAUCGCACCAUAAACAACAUGGUGCGCGCGCUCAUUGAGAAGAACCAUAACACAUGGGACGAGCGAUUGAGCGACGUCGCCUUCGGGUAUAAUACCGUGCCCCAUUCCUCGAUAGGUGUGAGUCCGGCGAUCCUGAUGUACGGGACUCAACCGAUGAAGCCUUCUGCAGCGAUGCGCGAGCAGAACGCCGCCGCAGAAGAAGAAUUGCAGCGACGUGCGAUCGAUGCAUGGCAUAAUCGCAUGUGGGAUUUAUCCCAGCUGCGCGAGCAAGCGUCGCAGAGGACGCAGGACGCGCACGAUCGCCAGAAGCGCUACUAUGACACCAAGCGUAAACCGGCGUCAUACGAAGUCGGAGACUUAGUGAUGAGACGAAAUCACGUGUUGUCUUCUGGAGCGGAGCAACGCUCCGUGAAGUUAGCUCCACCAUAUAUUGGGCCGUAUAAAAUAGUAGAAAUACGCGGCACCAAUACUUAUCGACUUGUCGAUGAGGUGGGCGAGCAAGUAGAUCUUGCACCAGCUGAAGCCUUUCUAUCCGUCAGCGACGGACGAAGAGUCGCAGAAGAGCGAAGAAGAUGGCGACGCUCAACCUUCGAGGGAUGCGUGCGCAGACGCGGGUGGUAG